AUGACUUCAACCUCUGCUGCACCUUCAUCAAAAAAAAGAUGUUCUUUAAGUGCUUUGCAAAAAAAAGAACUAUGUAAGCAUGCUAAAAAUGAUCCUAGCUUAACUCAAGAUAAAUUAGCCAAAGAUUUUGAAAUUGGUCGAAGCACAGUUUCAGUAAUUUUACCAGAAUCUGUUUCAACUUCUCAAUUUAAAAAGAAUCGGCAAGCAAAUUGGCCACAAUUAGAAGAAGCUCUAGCAAUUUGGUUUGAUGAAGUUAUAAAACAUAACCUUACAAUUUCAGCAGAUAUUCUUAAAACAAAAGCUCAAGACCUAGCUGAACUUAUGAAAAUAAAUGAUUUUAAAG